GGAAGGAGCCCAGAGGAAACCUGGAACUGCUCCGCGGCACCAGCGAAUCCUGCGCAUUCGUAGAGUUAGCGCCCAUAGACCCAGCACAGAAAGUGUUCACAGGACACUCGCUUCCGAUAUUAGCACCUUCAGGGUCAAGAAACAGCCUUUUCGCUCCGCAGAGCGCUGUUUUAAAAGUUGGGGAGAAGCCCGACGGUUUGGAGUUCCUGGUUGCGCACAGCGUCUUUCCUCUCUGGAGGGAGGAAUUGCGAAAAGAAAAAAAACCAAUCAAACAGAAAUCUUUCAUUUGUAACUAAAAAUCUCAAGAGUUGCCUGGUACAAAUAGGCUCGGUGCAUAUUUUAAUACAGAACUAAGAGAAGAGGACAUUUGGCGCUUGGCCUCAUCUCAACCAUCCGCCGGCUUCAAAGAGACGUAAGAUUGGUCUCUGGGGAAUAAAGGGAAGCGUGGGAUGGCAGUUUUCAAGGGAAGUUAAGUCUAGACAUGCUUCUCUGAAAGCGACAAGGCGGAAGUUCUGUCAAAAGCAGAAUUUAAAAGAAAAAACACCGUGAGCUUGUCCCUCGCUCUUAUUGGCGUGUAAAUUCCCCCUGAAAAAUCACAUGGAAAAGGGUCAUGUGACAGAAGUCUAUGGAAAAAAGCCUUUGAGGGACAUUUCGGAACUGUUGACAGGGGUCUCAUAUUCAGUGCUCACCAAUAGGGGGGACGUGCUCGCUCCCGGGCGCCCUAUUCCCAGGUGCUCAUCGAAGAGGAGGCCCCUCUGUGCCAAGUGGGUCACCUUUGGGCGUCCCUCUACAGUCGGUAAAGGUGACGGGACAGGCCAGCUUCCCUCUCGAGCCGGGUUCAUUCAGAUGCCCGGGAAACUCCUCUGGGGUCCCGGGGCGCGCGGACCACCGCACCCGCCGGGGAGGCCAGGCAAGGUUUGAGGCGGGGGAAUGCCAAGCUGUCUGGAGACCAGACGGUGGCGCCCUGGGGGCCACUCACCCGCCUUCGCCCUCUGGGGCGCAACGGGGCUCUCGGAGGGCGGCGCAGCUCCGGGCGCACGGCUGCGGGCUCUCGGACCCCGCGGAUCGCGUGCCGGGCGGGGCGAGGGGAGGAAGCGCGGUUGGGGGCACGUGACUUAGACACCCCCCCCCCCCCCCGUAACUAAGUUCUGUUUGCUUCCACCCGCACAGGCGGCUGCCUAGGCUCCCACCCCGCAGACCGCCCGCCCCGCCGGGAGAGCGGGCCCUUCCCCACCCGCCGCGCCCCGGACCCCCGGCCGGCCGGCCAUGGCCGACAGCGGCGGCACGGGCAGCUCCGGGCCCUGGUGGAAAUCGCUAACCAGCAGCAGGAAGAAAAGCAAGGAAGCCGCGGUAGGGGCGCAGCCUCCCGCGCAAGCCGCCCCCGGGGAGCCCGCGCCGCCCGCGCCGCCCGCGCCGCCCGCGCCGCCCAGCCCGGACUGGACUAGCAGCUCCCGGGAGAAUCAGCACCCCAAUCUCCUCGGGGGGACCGGCGAGACCCACAAGCCAGACAAGUUGUGCGGGGAGAAAUCGGGCUGCAGCCGCCGCAAUUUGAAGAUCUCGCGCUCCGGCCGCUUUAAAGAGAAGAGGAAAGUGCGCGCCACUCUGCUCCCUGAAGGAGUCAGGUCCCCGGAGGAGGCGGACUUCCCUGGCGACCCGCACGGCGACACGCAAUAGCCAGAGCGCUCCAGGACUGUGUCUCUUCCCACCACUCCCCCCUACCCCCAGUUCCAAACCCGAGAUUUCUGGCCCGCCCCAAUACCCGGUGUCUCAUCCCAACUUGAGAGUAUUCACACAAGGCCUCCACGAUUUUAUUUUCCUGGAAAUCGAAGUGUCCACUGAGUUUUCAAUAUUUCAUGACUCAAGGAGUCAUUGAGUAUUUAUCUGUGCUAAGAGAAGAUACCUGCCACGGAGGAAGUUGGCAUAAUUAUUUUUUUCCCGAAAAGUUCUCCCGUGGCCUCCACCCCUUGUGCCACCUGGGGAGUGAGAAGGGUACUUCUCUGAGUUGGUAUCCCAGCUGGGACUGCACAGCCCCUCAAAUGAGGAGGCCGUGCUCUGAUUCAGGACUUGCUAUUGGAAAGCAAAUUAACGCCAGAGAAAUGCACUUUAGACGUACUUCAGUAGACUCAGACCUUAAGUGAAGGGACAAGAGAGGGCAGGAAACUUUAGGUAGAAGCAUUUUUAAGUAAGGCACGAUUGCUUUUGAUGUUGAACUACAAAACCGUACUGCCUAUUUUAGUGUGGACUAUUAAAAUUGUUGCACUGUAAAACUUAAGGUGACUUUUGUGUU